GUCUUUAGAGUCGUUCUCUCUUUGUCCUCUAAAAGCUGGUUCUUAGAAUCGGGCGUCGCUGUUGCCUCUCGGAGCCUCACACACACUAUCAGCACCGAACAGACACACACACACACACACACACACACACACACACACACACACACACAUUGCUGCAGAGAUGAGCAUGGCCAUGUUUUCACUUGGCUGUCAGAUGUAGCCCCGUUCUGGAGCAGCUCUGAGUCCGGUGGAGAGGGGAUGUCGGUGAAGUUGCGAUUCGAUUGUCCAUCAGAAGGUGGCAUGGUGCAGAGGAGUCGCUCCUUCACUGGAGUCAACACACUGAGCAGCCGACGCAGACUGUCUUCAGCUCGUGGGUCUCUGCGCACCAAAGCAGGAAAAUCUCCCAGAAUCCCCUCUUCUGCUCGGAUGGUUGGAGGUUGGGGGCAGCAGCCGGAGCAGGUGGACAGAAUCUUCCAGGCUUUACGGAAAGGGCUGAAGGAAUAUCUAGAAGGCCAUCAGACGGAGCUAGACUUCCUCUCAUCCCAGCAGAGAGAUACUAAGAGAAACUCCAGGCUGGGUUUUUUCUACGACUUGGAGAAAGAGAUAAGAGCUUUGGAAAGAUACAUCCGACGACUGGAGUUUCAUAUUAGUAAGGUUGAAGAGUUAUACGAGACAUAUUGUAUCCAAUGGCGAUUGUGUCAGGGAGCCGUCAACAUGAAGCAUGCCUUCUCCCUCUCUCCAUCCUCACGAGCUUCCAGAGAGAGUCUACUGGAGCUCAGCCGCAACCACAGACACAGCAUGGAGGAUAUGUGUGCGAUGGAGGGCGAGCUGGAGAUUCUUCUGGGUGAACUCCAGAUUAAAAUGAAAGGGCUGAUCGGCUUCGCUCGGCUGUGCCCGGGGGAUCAGUAUGAGGUGUUAAUCCGGUUGGGCCGCCAGAGGUGGAGAAUCAGGGGGCGGAUCCAAACUGAUGACAGACAGCUGUGGGAUGAAGAGGAGAUGGCCUUCCUCCCUCACAUCCACGAGAACUUCGAGAUCAAGGUAACAGAAGUGAAAGGCCUGAGCUCGAUCCUGGUGGGCAUGGUAACGUGUAAGAGCGCUGAUUUCUUCAUGACGCGUCCGCAGCUGAUGGUUGUUGACAUUACAGAACUGGGAACCAUCAAGCUACAGCUGGAAGUGGUCUGGAAUCCGUUUGAUAGCGGGGAGGUGAAGCCGGUCAUGUCGUCCGCCAGUCGGCAGUCCGUCCACAGCAGGAAGGGUUCGGUCUACAGCUGGACCCCCCCCAACACUCCCAGCUUCACCGAGAAAUACUUUCUGUCUAUGAUGCGUCAACUGCAGGAUGUGGACGGCUCUUUCUCCAUUGGCUCCCGUGAGUCCAGGGGCGUGUCUCUGCUCAGCUACCUGUCUGACUCCACCCAGGCACUCACACCGCCAGCCUAUGAGAAAGCCCGAUGUCCCCCGGUCACUCCUGAACCUCCUGCAGACACUCAGUCAGUGGAUGAUGACCUUCUGAAGACGCCACUAGGAGAGGGUGAGGAGAGUGGAGAAUGGCCUUCAGAGCUGGAGACCAGCUCCCCCAGUUCCCCCAGUUCCCCCAGUCCAGGAGGAAGCAAGCGAGAGUCUAUAUUCCUCUUCCAGCGAUACAGCACUCCUGAUAUCCUCCGACAAAACGGAGAAUUAGCUACUAAUCAGGAGGAGGAGGAGGUAGAAGAAGCAGCAGAGACAGAAGAUGUGGAGGUGGAGGAGGAGAAGGUGAAGGAGGAGGAUGAGGUGGAGGAGGCUGCAGCAGAGCCGGAGGUAGAGGAGCUCCAGCAGGUUCCAGUAGGGGUUGUUGGGAAUUCUCAGAGGAAAGCUGCAGCUUUAAUGGUUUACUCAGUGUUGGUAGAGCUGGACGCUGUGCUGCAGGAGAUGAGCUGUUCAGAAGCUGAGCUACAACACCUGAUUCUGCAAACCCAACAACUCAAACAGGUCCUGAAGAGAGACCUCUUUCCUCUCCAGACCUCAUCCAGAGAGAAUCUCGCUGUAGAGGAAGAAGAAGUUCUGGGCAGCUUUGACUUCCUGUCCUCUGAUUUUAUCGCAGACGACAUUUCCUGCAUGGGCAGCAUCAGGCUCAGGGACUCCAGGAUGGGUUUGCUGAAGGAGAACACAGUGAAGAAUGGGGGGACGCAGGCUCAGGACCCUCCUGCCCUGUCCUCAGAGGGACAGGACACAGAGCAGGGGACACAAAUCACAGAGAGUGAGGACAGGAGCCCACUCAGCACAGGGGACUACACUCUGGACCAGGCUCUGGAGAUCCACCUCAACAUCUGCACUGCACUACUGAGGGCGCUGAGGCUGUCGGAUUCGGAGCACGUCCGUCAGGACUUACUGGAGGAGCUGUCACGUCAAACUGAGGUGCUGGAAAAAAUGGAGGCUUUGAUAAAUCAGAAGCCGGACGAGAUCUCGGCAUCAGAGCUGUUGUCUGGAGCUCAGAAGCUGAAGAACGUACAGAAGUUCUGGGAGGAGUGCUGCGAGACUGACCUGUCUUUCUGCUGCACCGCUGACUCUUUCCUCAGGAUCCUGAGAAAACGCUUCAUCCAUAAAGUGAAGGCCAAGCUGCCCGGCCAGACUGAUACAGUGUUUGGUCAGCUGUUGCUGCAGGUCCAGUCCAGCUGUAUGAUGGUGCCGUUGGCGGUGUGUGUGUCGGAGCGAGUGAGUGUGUUUCAGCUACAGGUCUACCUCAGCCGCUGGACUCUGAGCGACUUCGGAGAGCACAUCUCUCACCUCUCCAGAGAAGUUUACUUGCUGUCUUGUCUGGAGAGCCCGAAGAGGAAGAGGGCUCUGAAGAAGCUGAAAGGGAGGAAGAUCUCGGAGCUGCAGCCAAUGGGACGAACCCUACAGCUCCUGGCCAAGCUACUGACCGACCCCAAUCACAAAGUAGCAGCAACAGCUACUUCCUGUCUGUGCAGAGCCUCGGGUUUCAGAUCCUUCAGGUCAAAGGCUCUGGUGCACUACACAUGGCUGCUGGGAGAGAAUGAUACUCAGCUGCAGAGACAGGCAUGUUUGGCACUGAAAUGUUUAAAGGCGACGGAGAGCGCGGAGCAGGUGGCGGAGCUGUGGCGUUCUGCUGAUGAAGAUUUGAGGAACGCCGCCAGAGAGACCGUACUCUCAUUCGGUAAAAAAGGACACGCAGCUUUCCAGCGGAUGGACCGGAUCUGUAGUGAGUUACAGGAGGAGAUUUACAAGAACCUGGACACUGAAAUCACCAUCUUCUAGAGAACCCAUCUCUCAGCCGGAGUCCUGAAUCAGACGAUAAUGAGAGUUCAGACUUAAGCCAGUAAUUAAAAAACUAAAAUCUAUUAAGAAAGAGAAAAAAGGGGACCAAAGAAAUAAAUGUUACAUCAGCAGUGAGCGACACGAAAUACAAAAUACAGAAUACAGAAAACCCUACAGAGGUUUGGUGAGAAGGUCAGGAGAACGUUGUCUGAGUUGUUGGUGCCUUGAAAAGUUGAGAAUCAUGUUUUCUGCCUUUUAUGUUUUUUGUAUAAAACUUUGUUUUUGAAGUAUAAUAUUUAUGAAAAUUGUAUUCUAGAUUUCAUACAUAAAAUAAAUGUAAACAUGGAAUAUAUUGCCAAUAAAUGUAAAUAAUGUGGAAGAAAAA